AUGAAGCAAAUUCUUUUUAUUUCAGUAUUUGUUAUUUCCAGUAUUGCGCUUAUAAGUGAAAUUGGACAUACAGGGAUAUUGGCUGCUAAUCUUGUUACAAGUGAAAAAGAUGUAGUUGAAUUAGAAAAACGUAUUCAAAUUAAUGAAGAUAGAGAAAGGGUUCUUAAAGAUCAAUUGAGAAUGCACUAUCAUGACCUUAGACUUGCUGCAAAUCCUACAUCAAGAGUCCAACUUGAAAGAGGUAUUGAAUCAAUUUUAAGCGAGUUAAGAGUUCUUAGAGCUGCUUCAAGAAAAUUCCUUGAUAAAAUGAGAGGAAUUGCUGAUGGACUUACUGGAAUUGAGCGUAAUGAAUUUAUCAGAAGACACAGACUUGAAAGAAGAGUUGGAAGUACAUCUAAUUUGAAAGUAUCAAAGAUUACAAAACAAGCAAAAAAACAAGUUAAAAAAAUUGCAAAAGAAUCAGCUAAAAAAUACAGUUCCAUUGCUGCUAAAAGAGCUGGAAAGAAAGCUGUAGAAGAAGCUAAGAAGAAAUAUGGAAAUGAUCAACAAAAAAUUAAAUUAGAAAAGAAAAAAGCAGAAAAGAGUGUUUAUAAAAAAGCUUAUAAAGCAAUUAUGGAAGAAGUUAAAAAUACUGCAUUAGGAUUACAACCAAAUGCUCUUAAGAGUAAAUCUGCUGAUAUUGUAUUGAAAGCUACUAAGAAAGAUAAUAUUGCAGUUGACAUUAAUAAAAAAGAGAGAUCUGUAGCUGUUAAUAAAGUUGUUAAUAAACAAUUAAAAAAAGUUUUAACUCCAGCACAACAAGAAUCACUUAAGAAAACUAAGAAAGUUGUUCAAGAAGCUCAAAAAGAAAUUAAAAAGAGUAAUGAAGAACAAAAACAAUUAAAUAAAGUUAAAGAAGCUAAAAAGAAAAUUCAAAAACAAAAAGAUGAACUUGUCAGACAAAACAUUAAAAUGAAAAAAGCAAUUAAUAAAGAAAAAAUAACAAAAGGUAAUUUAGUCGCAAAAAAAAGUAUUACAAGUAAGCCAAAAAUGAAUGCUAUUAAAGAAAAUAAGAGAGCUAUUGAAAAAACUGUUUAUAAAACACAACAAAGAGCUAAACAAGAAGGUCUUCAACCAAUGGGACAACAAUUAAUUCAAGAAAAACCAAUACCAAAUAUGUUUGAAAAUAUGCCAACUGUUGCUGAAUUAAAUAAAGAAAGAAAUAUGAAAAUUGCUCAAAUUAAUAAAAUGAGACAAAGAUCUCAACUAUUUGAACCAAGCUUUAUUAACACAAUUCCACCAGAAUUAACUACUAGUCCAAUGAUCGGUAAUUAUGGUCCUACAAUGGACAUCGAAGAACAAAAACAAUACAUGUCUUCUUUAUUUGGAGGAGUCCCAGAAUCACCAUUUUUAGAAGGUCAAUAUUUAGUGAAUCCAAUGGAAAUUGAUGCUGCCUAUAAUCAGAUGUUGAUGUAA